AAAUUACUUUUAUUUUCAGAAAAGGGCAAGGAAUUCCGGAUUGAAGAUGUUGAACCUGUAUCCUGUCCAGCUAAUAUACCAUCUAACUGCAACCCCAACAGAUACAGGGUAAUGCUACAUGUUACAGAGGAGACAGCAUUUCCAUCAGAGAUAGGGGUAAAGAUUCGAGAAAGAGACUUAAACAUGCAAGUUAUUUGGGAGGCAGAGCCUGCUUCGUUCACUACUGUAAAACAGUGUGUAGUUAAAUUUGUACCCCCUUUGUAUAAAAAUCCUGACACAAAAGAAGAUGUUGAAGUGGAGAUUUGUCUGUAUGAUAAGGCAACCAAGAUAGAGACAGAGCCUAUCAAGUUUGUCUACAAGGGCUCAGAUAAUGUCAGACCUGAAAUGAAUCUAGAGAACAAAGCAAAGAAAAGAAAACUAACUGAAGACUUUGAUAUGUCACAGAUGUCGUUUGUGCCAGGUAAUGUUGUACAGAGGGAGAGAAAAACAUUGACAGCUCUUCGUUCUAGACCAACAUCAUCAAGUUCCAGGAGCAGUGAUGAUUCUUCAUCUGAUAAUUCCUUAACUCACCUGGAAGAGACACAGUCUGCAGCAUCUGCUUCAUACAUGACUGAUCCCUCAACUCAAACACAAACAGGUCUCACACAAGUAACAACUGCUGGUACAGAAGAUAGGGCUGUCAGUAUUAGAGAACACAACUCAGUAAAUGGACAUCUUCCAUUUGCAAAUUAUACUGGAAAUGUUGGACAUGGUCUAAAUGAAGGACAAUUUAAUUCUGACACCAGCAGUUCCCAGACUGUGCAUAAUUCUGCCAGGCCACAGUCUGCAGGAUUUAUGGGAGAUAUUUCUGGUAUCAGCCAGCCGGCUAAUUUAAAUCAAUCCUCGGUUGUGACAUCUACAACAAGUGUCUUUGGCACUACUACAACAUACCAGAAUUCUUCCACUGCCAUGACAGCUAAAUCUGUAAAUAGCACCAGGAGCAAUAUGUCAUACCAACCACAACAACAACCUGGACCAGCUCAAAGGCAAGCCAGUCAAUUCAUGGUACUUUCUGAUGAAGACAAGCAGACUUUUGCCCAGCAGGGAGUGCAGCUUCCAAAAUUAGGUCCAAAUCAGAUGUUAGCAUUAAUUGGUGGACAGAUUUACGUUGUGAAUGAUGACACAGCUGAGCAAAUGUCUGAUGUGACACCACCACCUGCCACCUACAAUCCUCCGGGAUUUGUACAGAAUAUUGGGCAACAGCAGGUAUUUAUUACGCAAGUUGCUCCACAGCAGCCAGCUUCAGAAAGUGAUCAAAGGCAGCAAGGCCUCCAACCAAAUGUGUCACAAGAAUCAUUCCAGACACAAACAAUGAGUAAUAUCUCGCAGACACUGGGAAAUCCUCAGUAUGGUACAACAAGUAAUUCAGCAAUAAAUGUGCUAGCAUCCCAAAGUACAGCAGUACACCAACACCUGCAACAACAGCAACUGCAGCAGCAGCAGCAGCAGCAGCAACAACAACAGGUGCAGCAACAACAACAGGUGCAGCAGGUUAUGCAACAGCUGACACAAGCAGCAGCUGCUGCUGGACUUGACAUAAACCAACCAGAAGUUUAUCAGCUGCUAAUUCAGCAGGCGUUGGGGCUUCAAAUGCAAACGUUACAGCAGGAGGAUCAGACUGCUGAUGCCAACAGUGGCAUGUUUGGGUCUGGCUCUGACCUGAAUGAUGAUGAUGUGGAAAUAGAUGGUGAUCAGACCUCUAAAGACGGUGAAAAUAAUGACACAAUCAAUGGACAGAUGUCUCAGAGCGAUGGAAUAGGUGAUCAGAGGAAUAAAAAAUUAAGAGCAAGUUCAAAUAAAGAAAGAGACAGGUUUCUGCAGAACAACAAUAUCAUAAUUCAGAUUGUGCCAGGUGUUGAGGCAGAUGACUCUGCUAGUAAUAUCCCUACAUUUGUGAAUGAAGUGGUAAUUGGAGAUGAGAGCAAUGACAGUGAUUCUUACAGUAAAGUGCCGAGUGAAAAAAACGUUGAUUAUGUCCUGAAAAAUGGAUCGUUUGGAAAUGACAUUGGGUCUGAGGAUGAGGAUGGCUUGUGAUAGAAGUGGAAACCUGUUUGUGCUUGAAAGAUAAAACUUAAAAUGGUGACUAAACACUCCUGAUAUUACUUUAAGAAAUUUAUUUAUUUUCUAUGAUUUAUGGCCAGUUGCAGAGUUCUUAAUAUUAAAGAAAAAAUGAAUUCAAGCAAGAGGAUUAAUGAAACCUAAUAAAAACAAGUACGAAUAAAAAUGCAUCAAAAACGUAAACAUUAUUUAAAUUUUUGAUAGAUACUAGAGAAUUCUAUGUAAUUUAACUUUAACUAAAUAAAGGAACUACAAAACAGAAAUGGAUAACUAUGUUGAAAAAUAGUUGGGGGUAAAAUACCAAUGGAGAAUCUCUUGUGUUAUAUGUGUACAACUAUUGAAAGAGUGCAUGUACUGCUAACAUCAAUGUAACUUUUUAUAAGUGAUAUGGCUUACAAACCAUGACUUUGACAUUUAUAUGAGAAACAAAAAAAAGGAUGCUUGAAAUGUGAAUUAGUUUCCAAACACUUGGUACUACGGGUAUGAUUCUGUAAAUGUGUUGUGUUUGAAAAUGUAUAAACAAACUGUAUAUGACAUGUGUAAGCACUUAAAAUAUAUAAACUCGGUGGGAGAAGAUACAUGAGGAACAACUGUAAAAACAGACAUAAAGUAUCUAGAUAUGAAUGUUUUAAUUUGUUUAUGAUCAUGUAAGACUGUAUUAAUGAUGUUUUUCUGGAUUACUGGUACAUGUACUAGUUUUUUAAACUAUGCCUUGAGAACAUUUAUUUUUCAUUACUUUGUUACAUGUGUUACAUAUAUGUACCUGUAUAUCACUUGUAUAAUUUUGUUAAACAGUGCUACAUGAAAUUAUAUUUUAAAAUACAAAAAAAAGUAAUAAGAAUGACAAAAUUAUAAAAAAAAAAAGAAAAAAAAAAUAUAUUGAAUGUACAGUACAGUUCUUUGCUUUUGUUGUUUGUUAAGUUUUUGUUAAAUAUGUUUAAUCGAUUUAAAAGUUAGUACAAAAUAUUAUCAUUUAGAAUUUAGUUUGAACAGUCAACUUUGAAAUUAUGUUAAAUGGACCUGAUUUAGGACUUAGGAUAUGUGCUCGCACAUUAAGUAGGGACCAAAAUUAAAUUUCUUUCACAGAAAUGAGAUUAAAACAAGGAUACGUAUUUUAGAUCAGGAUCUUUACCCUUGCUAUUUUUGGUCAGCUAUUACUUAGCACCAUAUUGUUCCCUGGUAAUAAUGUAAAUAUAGAAAUUACCAUAUCAGAUUUGUGUUUUAUUGGCAGCUACCAUAAUUGAUAUCACACUUCAAAGUUCUAUUUCAAAAAGAUCAUUGAAAUCCUCCUAUUCAUGUAACUCAACAUCAAAUCAAACAUUUGCACCAUUUUCAUUUCAUACAAUAUCCUUGUAGAUACUACUGGUAUACUGUAAGUGCUUAAACAUAUUUAUGUAAUUACAUGUACCUUUUUUCUAUUGCCAAAGCCUAAAAGUGCUAUAUUAUGUGUUAUAUUUGGUGCAUUCAUCAAUAGUGCUAUAGUUAUUAUAAAUAAUAAACGUGUAUGUGUCAAAGUGUUCCAAAUGUAAUAUGUAAAAUAUGUAAUUAUACAGGACAUUUGUGAGGUUUAUGAAGUUAUGUCACACAUUUGUACUGUUGCAAAAAUGUACAGCAGGUCAGUAAUCAAUAAUUUUAUCAAAUAAUCUUAUCUAUUAAGUUUAUUUGUUUAUUAAGCUUUUAACAUUUUGAAUGUGUCACAAAAAUGACCCUCUAUUGAUCAAACUGUUUUUAACAUGGCAACACAGUUUAUAAAUUUCCAUAUUUGAAAGCUAGCAAAUUACUUCUUUUAUUCCUUCGUUGCAUAAAUCAUGCACUUCGCACUAUAUUUUUGCAUCUUGAGUUGCUGUUACGAUUAUAAAGAUAAUUCAGCAUUACUUGCGUAUCAUAAAUGGCAGAAUAAUAAAAUGAGCCACACCAUGGGAAAACCAACAUAGUGCAUUUGCGAACUGCAUGGAUCCAGACCAGCAUGUGCAGUCUGGUCAGGAUCCAUGCUGUUCGCUAACAGUUUCUGUAUGUGCAGUAGGCAUUGAAAGUGAAUAGCAUGAAUCCUGACCAGACUGUGCACAUGCGCAGGCUGGUCUGGGUCCAUGCUGUUCAUAAAUGCACUAUGUUGGUUUUCUCAUGGUGCAGCUCAUUAAUGAUAGAUGCAGAAUGUGUGAUACUGUUUAAUCAUUAAUAUUUGUCGGUAAGUAAUUAAAUCCCAGCAAACACGUAAAAUUCCCAUUCGCUGUAUAUUAAAAAGUCAAAAUCCACGAAUCCCCACCAUACAGCCAUUUUGGCCAAAAACUACGAAAUGAUGUGCAAUGACUUCACAAAGUUCAAUACCGGUGUAUUAAUACAUACAGUAAAUAGCUUGUAACAAGAAAACUAUUUUCAUCAUUUGUUAUCAUUAAAGAUAUUCCGUAUCAAUUAAAAAUACCAGUAGAAAGAUUGUAUACUGUAUUUUUUACCACGAUUUCCAUUUUUAAUUUGAUAAAUGAAAGGUUCCAUUUUCUAUGAAAUUGGUGACUUUUUUUUAAUUUGUAUAAUUUCACUUUCUUGAUGUUCUGCUAAAAGACUUGAUGUGCAAUUGGACACCAUUAUUUUAUUUUAGGUGAAAGUAAUGUUAAACAAUACAUGUUUUUGUUGACGAGCGUUUUAAAUUCUUUCUUUUGAAAAGAAAGACUUUAGACAUGAAUGUUUUAUUUUUAUGUUAUAUGUAAGUUUUUAUCAAUCAUGAUUCAUACAAAAAAAGAUUUGUUUAUGUAGACUGAUUGUUAGUUAUUUAAUAUUUUUCUGUAAUGAUGUACAUGAGGACCUGCUUAGACUAGCCACUAGUCUUCAAAUAUAUUUCUAUGUUUUCCCCUUUUAUGUCGCAGAAGCCAGUCUACUCUAGAGAUUUUUUACAGGAAUGAUGUUAAAAUUAUCAUAUUGGACAUUGGUACAUUGAAUCAUAAAAAUGUGGGGGGGAAAAAAUCGUAUUCUAGGAGCUAGUCUAGGACCUGCUGUAGACUUUAAGUACGUUGUCAACUGGAAUUGAAAAUACAGAAAUACCUAGCCAGUCAGUAUACAUAGAGAAAUUGUGAAGUCUUUCACUCAUUACUGUGAUCAUCACCAUUGUAUAUAUAACCAUUGUUUAUAUUAUUUUUCACUGAUCAAUAUAGAGAUAUCAUCGUAAUGUUAAAGAUUGUGUGAUGUAAAUAAAGCUUUCUAUCUAGUC